GUGGGGUAGGUCAACACGUAUCCGGUGAUUUUCGUAACUUAUUUCCUGAAUUGUUUUUUGAAUGGACUGAGAUAAACUAUAUAUUCCUUAGUUAGGACACAAUCAGAGGAUUAGCGCACUUGAAAGACUUGGUUGUAGGAUCCCUACCCCUAAGGUAUUGAUUUCCGUCCCCUUGCGAGCCUCUGGAAAUGAAGGGACCCACACAUUCCCUAACAUGCAAAUUAUUCACCCUUUCCUUCAUCCUCUUAUCCCUCCACCUUAUCUUUGGUCACUACUCACUCCACAAGAAAUAUAAAAUUUCCACCCUACCCGACAACCCACCAUCACCUGAGCCGUGUCCCAGCUCCGAAAAAGUUUUUGCCACCAUGCUCAACCUCCCCGAGUGGUACCGACGCCAGGACUGGGGCCUUCGCCGGGACCCCGCCCUCGACAACGUCACCGUGACCACGAGAGGCAUGGACAAAGAAGAGAUCACGGCCUGGAACGAGUUCUUUUUUGGAACCGGCGGUGGCGUCAUGCUCGAAUUGGGCGCCAUGAACGGACAGAAUUUUAGCGUGAGUUCGUUUUUUGAAGAAAGUGCAGACUGGAGAUCCAUCCUCAUCGAAGCGAAUCCAACCUUGUCCUCCCAAAUAUUUGCAAAUCGGCCAAACGCAAUCAGUUUCAAUGCCGCGAUAUGCGACCAAGUUCGUACCGUGCAUUACUUUGAUGAAGAUGCGGGCGGACUGCUGAGCGGGGGAAGUGCCAUCAUGGAAUUUAAGUUUGGGGAAGGACAAGACUACGAAAAGAUGGAGGGAAAUCCGAAAGUUACGAAGAUUCUGUGCGUCCCGCUUUCUCAUUUGUUGAGUCCGCUAGGAAUUCGACACAUAAAUUUUUUCCUGUUGGAUGUCGAAGGGGGCGAAUUGAGUAUUUUGAAACGGGUGGAUUUUGACCAGAUUAAAUUUGACGUGAUUGCCGUGGAGACGGAUCGGGGCAAUUUGGGAGCUGAUGAGACGGCGAAGUAUGUAGAUGAGGUGAUUGAGUUGCUGAGGGGGAAGGGAUAUUCUCUUUGGGAGAGGAAGUUAGGGAGAAAUUCGUGGUUUAUGUCGCCAGACUUUGUACCUUUUAAUGCUUCUUUAAUUUUUGUGUAGUUUUAUUUAAAUAUGGAAAUUGGGUGGGAAGAAAUCCGUGUUCAACAACCCAGAUUGUAAAUAAAUAAUGAUUUUCUUACGUACGAGGUUGCAAAAUAUGUUGGUU